GGGCGUUGGUAUGGGUUACCAUGGGGGAGGGUCGCGCACACACACACAAACAAAGGACAGGUGGAUGGUGAAAGGUGAGUGAGUGAGUGUUAGUGUUUGCAGUGAUAAAACAGAAAAAGCAGAGAGCUUCAUAUCUCAAUCAUCUCCAACACACAAAGCACAAAAAGUUUCUUCUUAUCUCCUCCUCCUCCUCCUGUGCGUUACAGAUACAACAAUUCAAACAGCUCUGGGUAGAACAAGAAGAUGAUUUUAGCAACACAAAUGACAGAUUAGAGAGAGAGAGAGAGAGAGAGAAAUACUUGGCAGGUAGGUAGGUAGUGAGAAAUGGGGGGAGGGGGAGGAGGAGCUUCGUCGAAACUGAAAAGAGCAGCAAGGAAAAUUGUACAAACAUGCGGGUCUUUCUCACGCAGACAAAACCCUCUUGACGAUGAUCCCUUUGCCUCCCCUAAACUCACUGUGUCGUCAAUUUCACCCACAAAUCCUCCUCCAAACUCAGGGAUCUCUGCUUCUGCCACCCAACCCCUUUCUUCAACCACUGCUUCCAAGAAUUUGUGCGCAAUAUGUCUUGAUCCUCUGAGUUAUGGCAUAAGCACUAGCCCAGGCCAAGCAAUAUUCACAGCCCAGUGCUCUCAUGCAUUCCAUUUUGCUUGCAUCUCCUCCAACGUCCGCCAUGGGAGUGUCACCUGCCCCAUUUGCCGUGCUCAUUGGACACAGCUGCCUCGGAACUUAAACUCACCUUGUUCCCUCUCUUGCAACCAAUCUGACCCCAUUCUUCAAAUACUUGAUGAUUCCAUUGCCACUUUCCGGGUCCACAGACGGUCCUUCCUACGCUCUGCUCGCUAUGAUGAUGAUGACCCAAUUGAGCCUGACCACACACCCAAUCAUCCCCAUCUCCAUUUCACUAUCAUACCUGUCCCGCUCACUUAUCCCAACUAUCUUCACCCAUGCUCACAUCAAUCCUUGCAAGUGACUCGACCAAAUUCAUGUCAUUCCCAUGGACUUCUGUCACUACAUCACUUGAGCAACUCCUCAUCACUAUUAGCAACACGUACGGGAGAUGCAGGACACCAUUUUACCCCAACUGGAAAAACUCCUUUCCUGUGCACCUCCAAUGGUAGAGCUUAUCUCUCUGUAACAGUAGCACAUCAACCAGCAACUGACUUGGUCUUAGUUGCAAGCCCCAAUGGACCUCACCUGAGACUUAUAAAGCAAUCCAUGGCUUUAGUGGUUUUCUCGCUUCGACCCAUUGAUCGUUUGGCCAUUGUCACCUACUCAUCUUCAGCAGCACGUGUUUUCCCCCUCAAGAGAAUGACAUCCUAUGGGAAGCGAACAGCACUACAAGUCAUUGAUCGUCUUUUUUAUAUGGGUCAAGCAGAUCCAAUUGAAGGGCUCAGGAAAGGGAUAAAGAUACUUGGUGACCGAGUCCACAAAAAUCCACGAUUUUGUAUUAUGCACCUGUCUGACAGUCCAACAAGAUCUUACCAUCACAUUGAUAUGGAAGCUUCUAUUCCAAUCCAUCGGUUUCAUGUAGGAUUUGGGUUUGGGACGUCAAAUGGGUUUGUCAUGCAUGAAUUUGAAGAGUUCCUCUCAAGAGUAUUAGGCGGCGUGAUCAAAGAAAUUCAGUUGAGGAUUGGGGAGGAUGCUAGAAUUGCGAGGCUUGGAGAACUAAGAGGUGGUGAGGAGAGGAGGAUUCCAUUAAUUUUGGGUGAGUCUGGACAUGUUUGUGUGGAAUAUAGCUACAUUGAGGGCGGACCUGAUGAAUGCACCAGGACGGGGGAAAUACUGGUGGGCAUAAAGGAUGAAAGAGACAGAGACAGAGUUGAUGGAACAGAAGAUUUCGUUAGUAUUGGUGGUGGGAGGACUAGCAGUGUUGAAAGCUGGGAUUACCAUGACCCUUACAGGGCUAGAAGAUGGGCUAAACAUUUGCAUGGGUAUAGGCUCUGAAGCAUUCUUCUGCUAAAGGACUACUACAGGUUUGUUUGUACAACAUCAAAUGAGUAUUGGUGGGAGGGAGGACUAGCAGUGCUGAAAGCUGGGAUUACCAUCUGUUGCUCAGGACAGCAACAGGUUUUCCCAUAAACAUAACCACCAUCUGUACUCUAGAAAGAGGCAAGUGAAAUGUGUUCUUAUUGAAUUUUGUAAUUAACCAACACCUAACAUUUAUAGUCAGCAAUUUGAAUUAUGAAACCAAUACUGGUAAUGCCAUACUUAUUUUUCACAGACAUACUAUUCCAUAGUUUUUUGUGUUA